UCCGUAGCUCUCCUGGCCUCAGCGUCCUGACCGAAAGCCGGGAUCAGCCAUGGCGGCGAUGAGCCUGUUGCUGCGGGCUUCGGCCUCGGCGGCUACGAGAGCCGGCCCGGCCUUGGCCCGCCGUGGGCUCGGGCCGCAGCUGCGCCUUGGCGGCUUGCUGACCCGGAGCGUCCCGGGCACGGGUGCUGUGGCCCCAGUCCGAUAUAGUGGAGAUCAUGGGAAGAAAAUGUUUGUCAUCAAACCUUCUGAAUUUUAUGACAAGAGAUUUUUGAAGUUGUUGAGAUUUUAUUUAUUGUUGACUGGGAUUCCAGUAGCCAUUGGCAUAACAUUGGUGAAUAUAUUCAUUGGUGAAGCUGAGCUAGCAGAAAUCCCAGAAGGCUACGUUCCAGAACACUGGGAGUACUUCAAGCACCCUAUAACCAGAUGGAUUGCUCGUAAUGUUUAUGAACCUCCUGAAAAGAAUUAUGAAAGAACCAUGGCGAUUCUUCAGAUGGAAGCUGAAAAGGCUGAUCUGAGGUUAAAGUUUCGGGAAACAGAAAGACUUAUGCGAGGAAGAGGGGAUGGACCCUGGUUUCAUUACCCAACUGUUGAUAAGGAACUUGUUGAUCAAGAUCCUAAAGCAGUACCUGACUAUUAAGAUACUCAUUCUCUACAUCUAAUGUAUACUCUCUUUAGUGGGGGUUAAAUGAAGAAACGCAUACUGUAUUGUUGUUCUCUGAAUAAAAUAGCCAUUUCCCUUUUGGUCUUAUAGUUUCAA